ACGUUGCCCUUCCCGGCAACGUUCCUCGAGACGAAUAAAUCGAUCGCGCGUAGAAUAGCUGAAAGAUUAAAUUCGACUGCGAAGCUUUUUAAACGCCAAUCCAGAAGUUUCGCCUUUCUUUUUGAACUGCAUACGGUACGCAAAUUUUCAAAAUUUUGACGCCCGUAACAUAUAAUACAUAUUGCCGUGCUCCUCAUUGGAUCACGCAGCUGUAGGCUGUAGUCAUCAAUUCGCGAUGUGAUAAUGCGUUGUGCUUGGUCACGCCGUAAUCGGUAGAUGGGUAGAUCAGUACGGUGCAGUACGUACUGAUACUUGUCGGCGAGUGAAUGCGUAUAGUAUAUUGUGUUCGAACGACAUAUUAACACUUGCUUAAAUAAUGGUUUGUCUCCUGUGUGGCGCGUUUCUCCUCGGUUGCUGCGCGAUGCUGUUUACUCUAACGAGAAGGUACUUUUGCUCCCGUGGAGCGCCGAAGUUAACGAAGUUACCGGAAACCUGGUGGACGCCCGGCACCGAGGGCUCUGUCAACAAUGACAUUAGACCGUACAAAGUUACUUUUUCCGAAGAGGUGAUAAAAGAUUUAAAAUAUCGAUUAGAGCAUACUAGACCUUUGACACCGCCAUUGAAAGACGUCGCCUGGAAUUACGGUACUAACACCGACGCCCCAUCGUAUAUCAUCGAGAAGUUUUCCACCGGCACAAAUGUGUCUUACAAAUACAGGGAAGACGGUGGAUUUCUGGAGAAAUAUACGUACGACGAGUUGAUCGACAAUCUAAUGAUCUAUUGGGUGUCGAAUAGUAUGACUACGGCCAUGAGAAUAUAUGCUGAACAAUGCACCAAGUCGAAUAUAUCCCUGUUGGCGAUCCUGGAUUCGAUACCCGUUAAAGUUCCCAGCGCCUGUGCGCAAUUCCCUCAUGAAAUCAUGGAACAAAGUCCGGACGAACUGAGAACACGAUUCGUGAAUCUCUUACGAAUUACCAAAAUGCCUCGAGGUGGUCAUUUCGCGGCAUUCGAGGAGCCCGAGUUACUCGCAAAUGAUAUAUGGAUUUCUAUCGACGAGAUGGAGAAGUGGAACAAAAAGCACAGGGAAACAAUCAUUUACGAAGAAGAGGACAAACGUUCAUAAACGAGAAAAGCAUAAACGCGAAUUAUUUGAAAUUAUAAGGAUAUAAUCUAUUUUUAACUCUUUUAUAAAGAUUUGCUAUUUACAGUUUGUUUAUAUAACAUAA